UCAGCUGUGAAGAAAGCAGAUUGAGAAAGGAGGAAACAAUGCCAGUGCUUUCUGAGGAUAAAGCAGGAUCUCAUUCAUGUGCACCACCUCGGGACCUAGGAGUUCAAAUAUGGGAUCGCUGAGGACACACUUGGCAAGGAGUGUGCCACAACCCAGAGCAUGGAUGACAUCCUUCCUGAUGCCCUUGAUGUAACUGUGUGGCUCAGCAAAGUAGGUGCGCAGCAGGGUCCCUGCGCAGCAGGGACCACUGUUAUCCUCCAGAAGUUUCAACGCUGCUCUUCAUCAUGUAUGGAUUUAAAAGCAGGGUGCCUGUCCUUACUGGUGACCGUCCAGCACACGGAGCGCUAUGUCACCCUGUUUGCCUCUGUCGUCCUCAAAUGUGACUACACCACCUCCGCCCAGCUCCAGGAUGUGGUAGUGACGUGGCGCUUCAAGUCCUUCUGCAAGGACCCUAUCUUUGACUACUACUCUGCAUCUUACCAGGCAGCUUUAUCCCUGGGCCAGGACCCCUCCAAUGACUGCAAUGACAGCCAGCGGGAGGUUCGCAUCGUGGCUCAGAGGCGGGGGCAGAAUGAGCCCGUGCUGGGGGUGGAUUACCGGCAGCGCAAGAUCACCAUCCAGAACCGAGCAGACCUUGUGAUUAAUGAAGUGAUGUGGUGGGACCAUGGAGUGUAUUAUUGCACCAUUGAGGCUCCAGGGGACACAUCAGGAGACCCAGAUAAGGAGGUGAAGCUCAUUGUUCUGCACUGGCUGACAGUGAUCUUCAUCAUUCUGGGAGCCCUCCUCCUGCUUCUGCUGAUUGGAGUGUGCUGGUGCCAGUGCUGUCCUCAAUAUUGCUGCUGCUACAUCCGCUGCCCCUGCUGUCCUGCCCGUUGCUGCUGCCCCGAGGAAGCCCUGGCUCGCCACCGGUACAUGAAGCAGGCUCAGGCCCUAGGCCCUCAGAUGAUGGAAAAACCCCUAUACUGGGGGGCGGACAGGAGCUCCCAGGUUUCAUCUUAUCCAAUGAACCUGCUGCUGCAGCGAGAUUUGUCCCUGCGAUCCAGCCUCCCACAGAUGCCAAUGAGCCAGACCACUGCUCACCCUCCCAUCACCAAUGGUGUCCUAGAGUAUUUGGAGAAAGAGCUGCGGAACCUCAACCCAGCCCAGCCUCUGCCCCCUGACCUCAAAGCCAUAUCUGGCCAAGCCUGCAGCAUGCUGUCCUCCCUGGACUCUGAGGUUGUGGAACGCAGAAUCAUCCACCUGCCUCCACUGAUCAGAGACCUGCCGUCCUCCCAGAGGACCAGCAACUCCUCCCACCAACAGUGGCUCACUCCAAUUCCCCCUGGACCCUGGGAUCUGAGGGAGGAGAGAAGGCAGCCCCACUACUCUGCUUUUCACCAGGAGCUCCAGGACGGGGAGCCCAAGCGCCGAGCAUUGGAAGGACGGGAGCUGAACCAACUUCGGAGGGGAAGGCGCCACUGCUCUGGGCUGCGUGGGUUACCCACGCCCUGGGCAGACAGGGACAGCCUCAGUGACGGCCCCUCGUCCAGUGAGGCCCGCUGGUGGCCCAACCACCUAUCUGCUCGGAGCCACUACUCAGGCCGACCUCACAGGCCUGGCCCCCGGGAGAAUGCCCAGAGGCCCCGGAGGCGCAGGCCCCGCAGCUACUCCCCGCCCUUGCCUUCCGGCCUCAGUUCCUGGAGCUCUGAGGAGGAUGAGAAGGAGAGGCAGUCCCGGAGCUGGGGAACCCACCGCCGCAGCUCACACCCCUCACACUGGCCUGAGGAGAAGCCACCCAGCUACCGCUCGCUGGAUGUCAUGCCAGGCAAGAAUGGCAGGAAAAAAGGGAGUGUGGAGAGGUGCUCGGAGAGAGACAGCUCCCAUAGUGGAAGGAGUGUGGUCAUUUAGUCACCCGGCACAGCACUACUUCUUUGGCUACUUCUCAGCUCUGCAAGUCAUCAGCAUCACCUAGAUGUCCAGCUGACUUGGGACGGACUCUACCAAUCCGUUUCUAACAGUUCUGGCUUAGGUUCUGAGAAUAAAACAGAAGAAUAUUAAAAACAUGAGUUUGAGGGGUG